UAUUACUGUUUAAAGUGUUCGUACUAUUGUCAACCCGUUAAGACUUUAUAGUUUUAGUGUAUCGUUCUUUUAGUGUUUUAUGUGAAUUUAUGAAUCGGGAAUAAAAAUUUAACAUAUAAAAGGGAAAUUUUGUUAUUGAUAUUAGAAAUAAGAUUAUUAGAUUUUAUUCAUAAAACAGUCAGUGCACACAUAAAUCAUGGAGGAACGCGUAGGUUCAGUAAUGCGUGUGCUCAACGCAAUGGAAGAGUUAGAUCACAGUGAACUAACACGUGGAAACGUUAAAGCUGCUACACGUGCUGUGGAGAGCAUGCACACAGAGAUGAUCAAAUAUAACAAUGGAGUUGGUGCGAAGACCGACUCGUUCUCAAAGCUGUUGUCAAUGGCUGAGCGCGGAAACUGGACUGAGCUACGGAACGCCAGAACUAAUGGUUUAAUGCCGACAGCACGACAGGAGCUUGAGGAAUUGAUCGGUUACUUCACGAAAAAACCGGCGUCAGUGACCCCAAGUAUUGAUAAACCCUCCAAAAGAAAUACACCUACUGACAGGGGUUAUCCUCCACAGCAUACAGAAGAGAGUGAGAGAGCCUAUAACCGACGGCGAAUGGAGAGUCAGUUCGAACACCGUGACCGACGAACCGUCGAGCCCAGUUACUCGGCCACACCGUCGGAUUAUGAUAGAUAUGAGUUGAGGCGACGUGAUGACCCAAAGCAAGUCAGCGAUCAUCUGAGUCAACUGGCGUCCGAGAGAUUGCGCAAUGGAAAAGCGACAGAUUUAGAGGAGGUAACUAGCCCGAAGCACGUGGCUGAUAUGUUCAAUGAGCUAUAUAACAGAGAGUGGACUGCAGCAUACGAGGAACUUCAGCAAAUGUACAGGGAUCCAAACGAAACCAUACAACAUCUCACUAAGAUAAUAAAGAGUGCGUAUGAUUAUUGUGGAAACACGGCAGAGAGACAGAUAGUGAACAUAAUGAUGCAUACAGAAAACGAAAUGCUUUAUCCCAACAUUUCACAACAGUCUAGGGCAGCUUUAGAGGCGCAAGUAAGACCUGAUCGUCAACUCAUUGCUAUUGUCCGAGAAAAUGAUGCAAUGCUGAGAGACUUCAGAAAGUAUGCAUCUGUUGCAUCAUUACCCGUUGUCAAAUGGCUAUUCUAUGAAGACAUUCUGAAAACAAUUCAUCCAGCUCAACGGCCAACGAAUUCACAAGUAGCGUUCAUAGAUCGUUGUAUAGAAGUAAUAUGGAUGAUGUGUACCCAGGCCAAUCCCAUGCAUCUUGAAUUCUGUAAUAAAGGGGACAGACCAACAAGUCUCUUCAAGCCAUUUACCAGGAGCGGAAAUGCCGUGCAGAAUUGCGUUUGGCCAGCGUUGUUUUUGCACAAAAAUGGACCGCUAAUGGAGAAAGGCGUGGCUCACUUACAUUAAAGCAAAAUAACAUUUUGACAGUUUUCUC